UUUACAAAGCAUAUACUUUACUUCCCCCUCCCCUCAAACAAACUGUCAGUGAAUGUCUAUGUUUGUGUGUAUAUUUUUAUGUGGGUAGACCUGCUAUUCUAGCUCAAGCUUCUUGUUGUUGUUAUUGUUGUAUCCCUGAUCAUUCAUUUUUCUCCAGUUGUGAGAGGAAAGAAAAGCUUGGGGAGUAACUUGACUUAGUCAAGACAUGGGAGGCUCCAAUCCCGUUGUGCUGGUGGGCUUGCUUACGGCUGUCAGCUUGGUGAUCACCAUUUUCAAGUGGCACGAUGCUCCACAAAAGAUACCCAUCUGGUGGGACUUGCACGCUCAUCCUUGGCUUUGGGUUCCUCGAUGGUUUGGAAUGUUCUUCCUGCCAGUGUUGACCUUCCUCGUGCCUUACGCUCUCUACAUGAGCGUUGUCAACAACAUCGAGAGCCAUGGGCACGAAUCGAAACACUCCAUCUUCCACCUCGUAACCCUACCUGCCAUCUUCCUCUUCGUCACUCAAACCUUCGUGAUGCUGCCAGCUGCGGUGAACGACCUCCACACCUUCCCAGCUCGCACAUUCGUUGCCAACAUAGCCUUGUGGCUACUCAUCUGGUUUGGUUACAACAUCAAGCAUGUGGAACCCAACAUGGUGAUCGGAAUCAUCAACCCCUGGACGACGAACAGCUCGUGGGACAACCUGCACUCGCAAGCAGGCACCGUCUUCGAAGUGUGCGGUGUCAUCCUCUUCAUCUUGGCUUUCUUCCUUCCAGUUGGGUGGCCCUUGACCAUAGGCCUGAUCUUCCUGUGGCUUGGGCCAUGGCUCGUCAGCUAUGGUCUUGCCUACACCUCUGCCGAGGCCACCGAGAACGCCGACAGAUCGCCUUUAAUCACCGCUUGAACAUGAUCAUCACAUCUCAUUCAAGAUUUCCUCAACUUGAGGGAUGUGUGAUUCUGGACAAGCAGUUUUGUAAAGAUGGUGCAUUUGUAUUUUGAUAGUGCCUGUGUAACAUGUCUUGUUCUCGAAUGAUGUAGACUUUGUAUUAGUUCUUUGAAUUAGAGUAGCACAUGUUGACAUUUCUUUCAGUUAUUGUGGUGGAUGCUUGAAGGUGAAUGUCACUGGUUGAGGUGGAACCCACAAGUGUGAAUUGUUUUGUACAAGCAGCUUGUAAACAUGGUUUCUUCGUAAUCGACAUGUGGAAUGGACUAGUGUUGUGAUCGAAUAUGAA